AUGUCUCCCAGCCCACAGACCAAUAUCUUCAUCACCUACAACGAUCCGAGCGAACUCAAAAGCCGGCAGAACCGCCGUGCAGUUUCAUCCUUCGCCUCGAAAAGCUACCGGCCCACGUCGAAGAGGAUCAUAUUAGACCGCACCCACUAUCGACCCUUUGUUCGACGACCAGACAGCGAAACACCACCACCACCAACGGGCGACACCAAGGUCAAAAGCAGGCAUACUGCCGCGCGAAAGAAGGACUCUCCUGCGAAGAACCUGGAGGAAAAUCCAUGUCUUGGAGAGAUUCAACCACGCAAUGACUGCGCCUUGGGCAGCCCAAUGGCAGAUCCCUUUACAACAUACCCGAUCGCCUUCCGGAACUAUGUGCCAUUCCUGGUAGACUACUUUAUUCGGUUCUUGACUCCUCGUUUCAGUCCCGCGCUUGCAGUGGAAACCAGCCGAUAUCUGAUCUGGUUCAAUGUCGCCAUGCACAAUUCAGAACUGUUCCAUGCGUUGAUUGCCCUGAGCCAAGUGUACUAUAACAUCGAUGUGAGAGGAUUUGGCAACACCCACUGGACCGCGCUGUAUCAUCGGGGCGAGGCACUGAAGCGGCUCAGACAGAAGGUAGAGACGGCCAAGAGCUCCGACGACGAUGCCGCCAUCUUAACCGCCCUGUGGCUGAUGGACGUUGACGCCGCGCACGGUGACCUUCAUGCGUAUGCAAUGCAUAAAAGAGCGAAAGAGAGAAUGGUUCUGACCCGAGGUGGAAUCAGGCAGUUGAACGCCGAACUCCAGGACGAGCUGCUAAAGAGCGAGUUCUUCUUACCGUUACUGCUGUACGGCCGAUUCGUGUGCGAGCUUACCGAUGACGACGACGUGCUCGUCAGGUUCAAGGAGAACGAUCCCGUCAAGCCGACUCAGAUAGGCGGGUUUCAAGGCCUCUUUUCAGUCCUGGCGAGCAAGGGCCUCAUCACAUCUCAAGUGGUGGAGAUCCUCCAGCGCAUCUUCAAGCAAGUUUCAAGGCAGCCUCAAUUCGCUCGAAGCGGUAACACAGCGGGCAGAUCAGACAAUGAACCCCCACUGCCUCCACCCGUCGAUCAGGCAUACAACGAAAUCAGUCGUGUGCUGGGCAUCACUGACGAAAUCGAGCCGCAGUCACUACACCACCGGCUGCUCCUGGCACUGUUGAUCUACAUUUUCAACUUUCACAAUCAGCCACAGGCGCUCCCUCCAGCCAAGACCAUGCCCUCGACUCCUCAAAAUCGCAAGAUCCGACAUCCCUAUCUGGAGAUCCUGUCCAAAGUGGCUCUAGAACUCUCCCAGCCGAGCAACCCGUCUGAUCGGAACAAGGUCACGGAACGGGAAGUCACUCUUUGGACGAUGGUAGCGAUCGGCGCAGCCUCGAGCUUCAGCCCGUGGCGGCUGCAAAUCCCUUUCAUGGGCCACAUGAUUGAAUGGAUGGAGAACGAUGAGCAGCAGCAAGUUGAAGGUAACGAAGCAGCUGCGGAAGAGGCGUCACGGAAAGAUGCAUCAAUACCUCCUCCGGCCGGUGAUGCCACCGAGCCAUAUAAAAGACCGCCCACGAAUCUGGAGAAGCUCACCGCCUGUCUGAGAGGCUACUACCUCUACGGGGCCGAUAAGAAGACACUGCGAAGUCUGCAGAGAUGGCGGGACUCGGAGCCGCGAGAUCCGGCAUGA